CAGGUGAUAGGAGGAUAUCUCUACGUAAAUAAGAAAAGCUUACAAUGGCAAAGGGUGACCUCGUUUGUCAAAGGAGUAAAAAUUGGAAGGCCGCGAUUGACAUCAGCGGAUGAAAAUUAGAGAAUAAGGAUGCCGAUUUAUGUUGAAUUGCUAUCGUCAGCCAUUGGUUUGAUUUUAUGCAUCGUUGCCACGGCCCUACCUGGAUUCAUAAUUGAAGAGGUUAGCCAAUUGAGCAUUUUUUACGCCAGGGAUUGUGAUCGCCAGGAAACUGACAAAUGCUCGACAAGUUCUUACGUAGCUUUAGAUGAGAAAUAUAAGUUCAAUGGGGCGCUUCAGCUCUCAAUGAUAGAUGUGCAGAUAGAGAGUCUCCUUGCUGUCGCGGCCGGUGGAGUUGGAUGGUCGAUUCUUUUUUGGAAUAAUACCAAGAGAAAAGCGUCGAUUCCAUCGACGUUUGUGAUUGGGGGAAUUUUACUACUUGUGGCAGUUACAUCUGAGUUCGCUGUCUUGGUUCGAUUCAUCGCCACGAACGCUUCCAAAAAAGCGACACAUGGGAAAGAAUUUUCUUUUGGAGUUCCGUACUCAUUAAUACUUGUCGGCUUUGGUAUUGUAUUCAUGCUUGUUGCUGUUAUAAGGAAUUUUUACCUCAAUAUCAGACAUUAA